AUGGCACGGCAACGCUGCAGCUUGACAGUCCUCACCGUUCUCGUGUUCGCGUUGUCUUCUCAUUCGGUAACGCGCUCAUCCGCGACCGAAAAUUACGAUGUGCUUUUUUACUCCGCGGGACCCUACACCCCGUGCGGCACGUCGGGUAACUUCUCCGCGGUCGGCGUGCAAGGCGCAUUAGAGCCGUACAAGGGAGAGGUGGCAUCGCCUAAAGGACAAGCGAUAUCGGGGCGAGUGACCAUUUACGAUGACUGCUACUUCGCGCUCUCAGAUCUCAGCAUCAGCGCGGCCGUGGACGCGCCGAUAUCCAUCUGGGCGGGGCCCAAGGACGUCGACCCCUACUCGCACGCCGCGCCCGUCGACCCCUAUGCCGCCUCCUCCUUUCCUGCCUCCGCCGCCUCCGCCUUCGCACCGGCCAGCGCCGCAUUCAACCUCACGGCGACGUCGCUGAUGGCAGUAUUUCUGCAGGCGGGCGGACUCACCUGGGACGAGGCGCAGGUGCUCUACCUCUGCGCAGGGUCCGCCUCCGCGGGAAUCACGCAGAUCUACGCGCAGUUCGCGGUGGGCGGGAGGGAGCACGCGGGCCCGCACGGCAAGACCGUGCGGUGGGUGCGGAAGACGGUGGGGGCGGCCGCGAGGGAGCAGCGCCUGCUCUUGCCGUCGCCCCCCGCUCGCCCGCCCCCUCCGCCCCCCAAGCCACCUGCGCCGGGCAGCAGCGGGCCGUCCGUGGGGCUGACCAACUGCGUGGAGGCGGUGCCGGGGCGGCUGAACAUAUACUGGACCGUGCAUCACGGCGACGCGGACGCAGGUGCCGCGGGACCGCCGCAAGACGUCUCCUCAGUCACCGGGUCCUCCACCGCGCCCGGCAGCAGCAGCGCUGGCAGCGGCGCCGGCGGCGGCGGCGGGGGAAAGGGGCCGGUGGUGGAGAUGGGGAUGGAGGCGCGCGUGGGCGAGGGGUCGUGGGUGGCGGUGGGCGUGUCGCGCAACCAGACGCGCUUCGCCAUGCUGCAGAGCGACGUGACGGUGGGCGGCGUGCUGGCGGACGGCGGAGGGGUCUUUGCGCGCGACUACCACGUCACGGCCAAGCAGACGUGCCAGCAGGUCGCGGGCGGCUUCGUUGGCGUCACCUUACUCUCCCCUUCCCCUUCCCCCAUGCCUCCCUCCGUUUCAUCCCCCCACCCUCCGCCCAUCUCGCCGCAGGACGCGCUGCUGGGCUCGUCCCCCACGUCCCUCAACGACGUCACCCUCGUCUCCGCCUCGCGCCGCGCUGACGUCACCUUCAUCCGCUUCACGAAGCCCGCCGCCACGGCGGACGACCGCUUCGACGCCAACCUGCUGCGCGCGCCGGGCCUCUCCGCGCUCUGGUGGGUCGUCUUCGCCGCGGGCCCGCUCGCCCCCGCGUCCACCGCCGCCGCGCCCACGCUGCUCUUCCACGACCCCGCGCUGGGCUACUUCUCUGGCGGCACGCGCAUCCCCUUCGCGCCGCCCGCGCCCAUCCGCACCUGCUCCCCGCUCUGGGGCACCAAGCCCGAGUACCACCCCCCGCUUCCCCCGUACGCGCCUCCGCCUCCCCCGGGCGCCUCUGCGCCGCCCCCGCCUGGCGCGGACGCGGGAGGGGGCGUGGCGGGCAUGCCGGGGCUGCGCGAGUGCAGCACGGCGGUGGGCGGGCAGGUGUACGCGUUCGACGCGUGCGACGCGCUGCCCGGCGGCUUCCUGCUCAUGUGGUCGCUGGCGGGCAUCACGCUGCGCGCCGCGUUCGUCGCGCAGGCCGUGCCCGACGGCGGGUACGCCGCCGUGGGGCUGUCGCCGUCUGGCGCCGUCGCCAACUCGAGUCUGCUCGUCGUCUCGUACGCGCAGGCGGAGCGGGGUGCCGGGAAGGGCGCGGGCGCAGGGGCAGGCGGAGCGGAGGUGGAGGUGGGGCAGGUGGUGGUGCGUGCGGGUGCGCGGGGCGUGGGCGUGGAGGCGGUGGCGGGGGGCGAUCUGACGGUGGUGAGCAGCGUGGGGCAGGCGAGGAACGGCGCGCUGACGCUGCUCUUCUCGCUGCUGCUGCUGCCCAACCAGACGGCCGCGGCGUACCUCGUGUGGACCAAGGGGCAGCGCGCGCAGCUCUCUCUGCCCGCCGCCGCGGCUGCCAACGAGACGGGGGGGGUGCUGUCGCUGGACGGGCUGGACGCGCUGAUGACGUCAGCCAUCAGCUUUGAACGCGGCGAGCCGAAAGACGAUUCCAAUGACACCAUCCGGCUCUGGAAGAUCCACGGCAUAAUCAGCACGGUGGCGUGGGCGUUCCUCAUGCCGCUGGGCGUGAUGGCAGCGCGCUACCUGCGGCAGGUGUACGCGCGCUGGUUCCCCGUGCACCAGGCGCUGCACCUCGCCGCCGCCUCGCUGGCCACCGUCGCAUUCACGAUGGCGCUCACCAUGCCGCACGGGGCUAUUGAGGGGCGCGCUGACAAGGCGUCGCGGGGGACAUGUGUGGUGGCGCACACGGCCAUGGGCAUCUCGCUCAUGGUCAUCGCAGCGCUGCAGGUGUGCUGGGGGCACAUGCUCACAGCCCCUCUCUGCUGCCUCCGGGCUCUCGGCAUCCGCUUCCAUACUUCUCCUUCUCGCCGCCUCCUCGUAUCCCUCUCUCCCUCCCUCCGCGCUCAUUUCCACCCUUCCCCACUCGCUCUGCGCUCACAUCGCUCCGCUCUCCCCUCCCGUGCAUCCCCCUCCCGACCGCAGUUGUCAGCGCUGGUGUGGCGGCCGCACGAGGACAGCAAGUGGCGCCCGUACUGGCGGCGCGUGCACGCUGUGGGAGGCGCGGUGGCGCUGCUGCUGGGGCAGGCACAGCUGCUCGUUGGCCUCUUCAUCUCAGCAGCCCCCCUCUUCUACACGGUGCUGCUGGCAGCGUGGCUCAUAUUCGCGCUCCUCCUCACCACGGCCCUCGAGCUCCACUUCUUCCCCACCUUCUACCGCCUUGCGCACUGCUGGGACCGCCUUCUGGGCCGCGACGCUGACGUGGCGUCUGACGUGGACAGCCUCUGCGCGUCCAGUGAGAGGCUGGCGGGCGGCGCUGGUAGAAAGGGGGUGACGGUGGAGGGGGAGGGCGGCGAUGGGGGGAAGGGUGCGGCAGGGGGAUGGGUGGCGGUAGUGGUGGCGGUGCUGCGGCGCAGCAGGGGCGCCGGCAUGCUGCCUGAACGGCCCAGGGCGCAGGGGAGGAGGGCAAACGGGGGGAAAGGUGAGGGGAGGCGAAGGGGGAGAGGAGGGGGUGCAGGAGGGGGAGCGGGGGCGAGUGAGAGGGCGGGGAGAGGGGGCAGCGUGGGAGCGGGGCGGGGCGGGUACAUGAGCAUGGCGGGCGCCAACGCUGCCACCGACCGCCGCUCCAAGGAGCUGCUGCCCCCUCCGGCUCCCCCGCCCCUGCCAGCCCCUGUUCUGUCGGCCCUGCCGCACUCACAAGCACCUACUCCCGCCUCUGCUGGUGGUGCUGCAGCUAGUGGUGGUGGUGGGAUUGGUUCAGAGGGGGCAGGAGCGGAAGGGGGGAGAGCAAAGGGGGUGGAGGCACGGGCGGGGGCGUUUGGGCGAAGCCAGACGGUGGCAGAGGGGGGUUGCAGAGAGGGUGGCGGCGUCCAAGACCAUGGCGCUGCUGCUGCUGCUGCUGCUGCUGCUGCUGCUGGUACUGCCGCUGCUGGUACAGGUGGUGGUGGUGGUAGUUCAGGGGCCAGCACGCAAUCACGAGGCGUGUGGGCGGGUGGAAUGGCAGCUUGGAAGGCUGAGGAGGCGGCGAGAGAGAGAAGGGGAGAGGGAGUGAGGGAGGGAGUGAGUGAGUACAUUCGCACAGACAAGUACAACGUGCGGGCCACAGUAGUGAGAGCACCAGACCUGGCUCUCAGAGGGAGAGCGGCCCGGCAGGCAGGGGCAGGUGCGGUGGCAGGGGGGGCAGGCGGGGGAGCAGGAGGAGGGGCAGGGCCGGCAAGCACAGUGAGCGGGGCGGGAGGGGUGAUGCAAUAA